AUCAAUAGUACUGAGAUAGGAUGGCUACUACAUCUUCAUCGCAGCCAGCAACGCUGCAUAGCGUUCAACUGCAAUCUCUAAAAUCGCUUUUGAACUUGAAUACAGCAAACAAUACUCCAUCCACAUCCUCAUAUCGUCAAACAGGCAGUGCAUCAACAGAAUCUUCUUCAGAUUUAACACUGCCAACCGGUCCGCCAGUAUGGAAAGUUUUGAUUCUUGACAAAGUAAGUCAAGAAAUCUUGGCAACCAGUAUGCGUGUGCAAGACUUGCGUGAUCAAGGUAUCACGCUUCAUAUGCAAUUGCAUUCAGAUCGACCUCCUCUUCCUGAUGUUCCAGCAAUCUACUUUAUCGAACCAACACGAGAGAAUCUUAUGAGAGUAGCAGAUGAUCUACUCAAAUCAUUGUACGAAUCUGUUUCCAUCAAUCUUACUUCAACUCUACCUCGAUCGCUCUUGGAAGAAUUUGCAGGUCGGGUUGGACGGGAUGGUACAGCAGCCAAUGUUAGCCAAAUAUUUGAUCAAUAUCUUGAUUACAUCGUCCUGGAACCAAACUUGUUCUCACUACUUCAGGGACCGCCUGGAAAACCCAAAGAAUCAACAGCAGUACCUGCCGUUAACACAGCACUAACCACAAAUGGAUCCGGAAAGGGAAAGGAAUAUCCCACCACUACGUAUGAGAGAUUGAACGAUGUUCGAUGCGGUCAAGCUGAGAUUGAGGCGGAAACGGAAAGGAUUGCCAGUGGCUUAUUUUCUGUCAUGGCAACACUAGGUGCUAUGCCAGUAAUCAGAUGUCCACGCGGAAAUGCAGCAGAAAUGGUUGCUCGUAAGCUAGAAGGAAAGAUUCAAGAACAUGUUGCAACUUCCAAAGGAUCAAGCAACUUAUUCUCGGGCAAUGCAUCUGCGACGAAUGCAUGGUCAUCCAGUAGACCAUUGGUGAUUCUAGUGGAUCGGAAUAUUGAUCUUGUGCCAAUGUUGUCCCAUUCCUGGACUUAUCAAGCAUUGGUUAAUGAUGUCCUGGAUAUGAAAUUGAAUCGUGUCACAGUGACCUCAACAGAAGCAGGGAAACAACAAAAGCGCGCAUAUGAUCUUGAUAGCCAAGACUUCUUCUGGAGAAAGAAUGCAAGCACUCCAUUUCCUCAAGUGGCAGAAGACAUUGAUGCUGAAUUGGGCAGAUAUAGAGCAGAUGCCAAUGAGAUCACAAGCAAAACGGGUAUCAGUAGUAUGGAAGAUGUUGGCCAAUUAGACCUUUCGUCUAAUGCUUCUCACCUCAAAGCCGCAAUCACUGCUUUGCCUGAGCUGACAGCACGAAAACAAACGAUUGACGCUCAUAUGAAUAUCGCAACCGCACUUCUGCAAGGUAUCAAAUCAAGAGGCUUGGACACUUUGUUCCAAUUGGAAGAAGCAAUCACGCGACAGAAUCGUUCAACAAUCCUAGAAACAUUGAAGGACGGCGAACUACAAAGUGUAGAAGACAAAUUACGACUUUUCAUCAUCUACUAUCUUUCUGCUCCCGACAAUGCUUUCGCCAGCAAAGCAGAUUUGGAAGAAUGUGAAAAAGUGUUAAAAGAUCAAGGUGCAGAUCUAAGGCCGUUGCAAUACGUCAAGAAGGUACGAGAAUUGACUAGAAUGACAAUGCUAGCAAGUGCUCCUGCUCCCCAACCUAGCGCUGGUGGAACUGAACUCUUCAAAGGAUUUUCCUCAUUGAGUAGCAAAUUGACCGAUCGAUUGAAAGAUAGCGGUUUGGAUAAUCUGGUAUCUGGUGUGAAAAACUUUUUACCUGCGGUAAAAGACUUGACAGUAACACGCCUGGUUGCCGCUUUGCUUGAACCACAUUCUGCAUCUUCUCAAGCUCUUCAAGAAACCGAAAGUUGGUUGACAGUUGAUGUUCAAGGCAGACGAGCAGGAAGAGCAGGUCCAACAUCAAUGGCAAGCGGCGCAAGCUCAAACGCUUCUUCUUCUGCCGGUAAAAAGGAUGCUAUCGUUUUCGUCGUCGGUGGAGGAUCGUAUGUGGAAUAUUGUAAUUUGAUGGAAUGGAACGCUCGUAAUUCUAAUCAAGUUCAACCACAACAUGCACGAAGAAUAACGUAUGGUGCAACGGAAGUCGUUACACCUUCUGCCUUCAUGCAUGCUUUAGCUAAUUUAGCAGAUUAGAUCUUCUUCGCAUCAUGUUAUUAUCAUACCAUUGUUAAAUCUAAUGCACUAUCACCAUCAUC